AAAACACACUAUUCGGUUGUAUAAAAACAAUUCGAAUAGUUAUUCGAUAGUUUUAAAAAACUAUCGAAUACUAUUUGACAGUUUAAAAUAUUCUAAAAUGCCCAUCACUAGUCUCAAUGCUGCAUCGUUAGAAAUUAUACCACGUCCAAUUAUAUUCCAAUGAACUUGACUCCUAGCUCAAGUCCUCAUAACAGCCAUUAUGAAGAAUAGCAAGUUUAUGAUGGUCAUCGUGAAACCUUUCAGCUGCUGAUAGAAAUAAUGAUUUCUAGGGAAAGUUGGUUUCAAGACUUCAAAAAUAAUUUUAUUCUUAUUUCUCUUAAAAUAACAAUCGUCAAGUGCGUCCGAAUAAAAUCUAUGGAUUGAAAAGACAUCGGAGGUCCAAAAAUCUAAAGAAAGCAAAGUGGUUCACAACUCUCAUGAUGAAGAUGAGACUCAUGAUGGUUCGUAUAUGAAUACCGCAGUCGCAGGAAAAUAUUCAAAUGAAUUUGACUUCUAGUUCAAGUCCUCACAAGUCAUUAUGGACAACAGCGAGUUUAUGAUGUUUAACGUGAAUCCUUUUCUGCAACUAUCACAAAUAAAGAUAUGUAUGCAGAUAUGGCCUAUUAGGACCUAGUGGUUGUGGAAAAACCACUUUGUUAAACUCCAUUAUGGGUUUUCUGACGUUAGAUUAUGGUACAAUAAAUGUGCAAGUAAAUUCUCUUUUAGACAUUGGGUACAUGCCUCAAAGUUUUAGUCUUGAUCGAUACCUCACUGCAAAUGAAACUCUGAUUUACUUUGGAAUGCUCUACAACAUGGACGAAAAAAUGAUUGAAAACAAAACGUUAGAACUAUCGAACUUAUUAGAACUUGAUUUCUUGGAUUCGUACAUUAAAGAUUUAAGCGGAGGGCAAUGUAGAAGAAUUUCAUUAGCAAUAAGUUUAUUACAUGAUCCCAAAUUGAUUAUAUUAGAUGAACCUACCGUAGGUCUUGAUAUAAUUCUGAGUACUAAUAUCUGGAACCGAUUUGUAGAGCUGUCAAAGUUCAAUGGAAAAACUAUUAUAAUAACGACUCAUUACAUUGAAGAAGCUUCUCAGGCAGAUAAGAUUGGUUUUAUGAAAGAUGGAAAAUUAUUAAACGAAUGUUCUCCACGAGAUUUAUUGGAAAAGUAUGACACUGACUUACUAGAAGCUGCUUUUAUUAAACUUUGCCAAGAAUCCAAUUCACAAACAGAAAUCGAGAGUAACACUUUUCAAUAUUCUAAAACGACAAACAACUUGGUAGAAAAUAAUAACUCUCAUAUCUCAAGGCACAGAAUAAAAGCUCUUGUAAAAAAAAACUGGUUUAUUCUCUUCAGAGAUUUCAUUUUUUUGUUUAUUACAUUUAUUUUACCUAUUUUCCAAACAUACAUUAUGAAUAUAACAUCUGGAACUCCAUUUGAGUAUGUUGAUAUGAUUUUAUUAAAUAAUGAAGUAAACAUGGCACGUUGCACCGAAAUGCAGUUCAAUGAAUGUAUUUAUGAAGAUAACAUUAAUGAAACGAUGAGUUGUGGCAUUAUUAAUUACCUGAGAUCGAAAAAAUAUAAUUUUGUUUAUACCAAUGACGAACAUGAAGGUAUAGAAGCGGUAAAUAAAGGCCGUGCAGUUGCAUUUAUCAACUUUUAUCCAAACUUUACUAAUGAAUUGCAACUUUACGCGAAACGCAGUGAUAAUUAUUCCCAAGAAUUGUCUGCAGCUGUUUAUUUGGAAAAAGGAAAUUUUUUAAUUAAGCAACAAGUAUAUAAUGACAUUUAUAAAGGAAUGGAAUUGUUUUUGGAAAGAUCAAUGACAAAAUGUUCAUAUAGUAAAAAUUUAAAACUUCUUCCGAUGAAUGUGGCAAGAUUGUUUGGUGACAGAGUACAGAACAUGAAACAUGAAGCAAUAGCUAGAUUAAUCAGUCUAUUCAUGUUUGUAUUCUCAAGUAUGUACUCGACAGGCUUUAUGUUAAGUGUAAAGUUAGACGGUACACUAGUUCGAUCAUUGGUAGCAGGUGUAACAAUGCAAGAAGUAAUGAUUUCAUUACUUAUUGUCACUGCAAUAGCGAGCGCCCUUCAAAUUUUAACUAUGAUGUUCAUAUGCUAUGUCUGCUUUUAUAAUCCAUUUGCAAUAUCAGCAAGCCUCUUCUUAAUUUUUAUCGUCUUCAUAGUCGUUUCUAGUACCGGAUUUUUAUACGGCUUGCUAUCAGCUGGAUUGUCAAACAAUAAUACUGAAGCCACUUUUUUGUGUAUUGGAUAUAUAUUAAGUCAAUUAAAUAUUGGAGGUAUAAUAUGGCCAUUGGAAAGUCAAAACUGGAUAUUUAGAAUUUUUAGUGAAAAUCAAAUUACUACACUUGGUGGUCGACUUAUGAACAAUAUAUUAAUAAAAUCUUUGCCCGUUACUCAUCCAUUACUACUGAUUGAUUUUGUAAAAUCAUUUGGAGUAUUAUUUUUCCAUAUAAUAGGAGUUUAUUUAAUAAAAUAUGUUAAAAAAGACGCAUGGGAUGUACGCAACAAUUAAUUAUAACGAAUAAUCACAUAUUUAUACAUGAUAUAUAUAUUUCAUACAAUUGUACAAUAUAAUAAAUAAAAUAUGUAAAUAUUUAA